CUGACCACUCUUCCUCUUACCAUCACCAUCGUACCAAAGGCUGUUUUUUGUGACAACAUCCUAGUUUCUGCCUCUCUUUUUGUGUCACUUGCUUUUUGCGAAGAUGAUGUGGGAUUUUUCUGAUGCGAACGGCCCCCCUCCACCUGGCAGUCCGUAUCAUCAACCUCAACCAUCGGCGUAUGGCAUGCCAUCUGCUACGUAUCCUGCCGCUGCAUAUGGUCAGCCCGGCUAUGGCGAACCUGUUGCAUUUCCAAGCUCUCCUUACCAUGACCCGUACUCUGCCGCCUCAUCUUAUAACUCGGCUCCACCCCCUGUCAGUUCCCAUUUUCUCACUGUCCCAGACAUGAAUGUGCCCCCCGAGGCACCUAGAGCUCUCAGUAGCCGUGAAGAACAUUAUCAUCAUCACUACCACCGUAGUAGUAGCAGCAGUCACCACCGGCAUCAUUCCAACCCCGAGCGCCCUGCUCGUGUGUCCCAUAACGGUAGUCAACAUAUCAUUGUUAGCAGUCCGCGUCAUCAUCAUCACCAAAGCAGCCAUAGCAGUCGCCCGCGUCCUGCAUCCACCACUCCCGCCGCUCAGCCUACUCAACCCUCGCAACCUUCACAGCAUCAGUGCUUCAAAUAUUCCAAGUGUACCGGACGUAAAAAGGCGCUCUGUAUCGGAAUUAAUUAUCGCGGACAACCCCAUGAGCUCAAAGGAUGCAUUAAUGAUGCUAGACAUAUACGCGACUUCUUAAUGCAUCACUGGGGAUACAAGCCUGAAGAUAUUGUAAUGCUUACCGAUGAUAGCACCAAUCCUCGUUCCCAGCCAACAAGGAAGAACAUGCUCGACGGAAUGCGCUGGCUUGUCAAGAACGCUCAACCACACGACUCGCUCUUCUUCCACUAUUCCGGACAUGGCGGACAAACGAAAGACCAGGACGGAGAUGAAGUUGAUGGUUAUGAUGAAGUCAUUUUUCCGGUCGACUUCAAGCGUCGGGGACAGAUUAUUGAUGACGAAAUGCAUUCAAUCAUGGUCAAGCCUCUUCCAGCCGGGUGUCGUCUGACGGCUCUGUUCGAUUGUUGUCAUUCCGGAACUGCCUUGGAUUUACCUUAUAUUUACGGUUCUGACGGUCGAUUGAAAGGAGAGCAAGUUUCCAAGAAGUGGAGAAAACUCAAAUCCACGUCUGCUGAUGUGAUAUCCUGGUCGGGGAGUAAAGAUGGUCAAACAAGUGCAGACACCUUCCAAGGUGGCGUAGCUGUUGGCGCCAUGAGCUAUGCCUUCAUCACAUCACUCAGGAAGAAUCCCGAACAAUCUUAUCAACAGCUGCUUCGAUCAAUCAGAACAAUUCUCCAUCCGAAGUACAGUCAGAAACCUCAACUCGGUAGUUCUCAUCACAUAGAUACGAAUCUACGCUUCAUUUUGUAAGGGAGUGAAAAGCCCGAUAAAGACUAUAGCAACACGGACGUCAUUGUAUUGAAUCAAAUAUCUAUCAUACCAACCAGCUAUGUGUUACGUACGCUUCAUUAUACUUUAAGUAUCUAGUAAUUAUGUGAUUCCACACUGUUCGGUGUGUUCAUCUUGUAUUUCUUCCGUCUGACUGUACUACAUAACGCCU